GCCCUUCGAGACGGCCCGGGGGGCGGUGAGAGACCUCUCCCGCCGGCAUGGCGCACUAUAUCACCCGUAGAGGCCUCUUUAUAGUCGCCUUUUGGCACCUCCUCUCUCCACGCCGCCGAUUAGACCUCGCCGCAUCGCAUCGCCCCCUUCCCUGCCCCGUCGCCCUCCUGAGCUCUCCCUCCUUCGCUCCAGCCAUGCACAGGACCGCUGGACCAUUGGCCCGCGUGCCAGGCGUCCGGGACGGCCGGGUAUCGGCUCCGUACUUUGAGCCCUCUUGGGCCACCCUCGCGUCCACCGGCCGGCAGAGCACCGCUUGGGCGACUCAGACGGCCCGCCCGACCAGCGCGUUCGAUCGUGCCGCCCCCACAGCGUCAGUGGCGUGCGUGGGGUGGCAGGCGGCGUCAGCGCAGCCCCUCGUGGGGGGGCGCAAGGCGGCACGGCACGUUCAGCGCUUGCCUCGGCCCACCUCGCCUUCACGCCCGCCACCGCGACCAAGGAGGUGGCCUCGGCGGCCCAGAUGAAGCCCGUGCGGCUCGUUUGGGAGCCGCAUGCCGUCCCUCUCUCGCCGGCGCUGCUCACCACGCCCAAGCCUACGCCGAGGAACCCGUCGCGCCCGUCGCUCACGAGCUGGUGGCUCGCAUCGACCGAGCCGUCCAGCUUUCUCACGCCCUGCCCACGAUCAAAUUCGAGACGACCAACAUCCGACCACAAAAAAGGCCCGCGCGUGCUGCGCGGGCCGGCGAGCGACUAGCGAGCCAACCUGCUAGUC